AAACUUUAAGUGUUUAUAUAAAAUUAUUUGAAACAACAGAAUUACAAUGCUGGAAGAUUCAUUUAAUCUCCUUAUUCAAAUGUUAAAUGCUGGAAUAAUAGUAUUUUGGUCCAUAUUCCACAUAAUAACUCUGUCCGAUUUUGAAUGUGACUACUUGAAUGCCCGAGAAUGCUGCUCCAGAAUGAACUUGUUUGUGAGAAUAAAACUGUUUGGGCAUAUUUUCCCUACUGUGAUAUUUCUAAUAACCGGUCAUACUUAUUUGUGUCUGAUUAACCUGCCUAUAACUGUGUUUUUAAUCUAUGAACUAUUAAAAUUGCCUAGUGGGAAUAUGGGACUGUAUGAUCCCACUGAAAUACAUAAAAGAGAAGUCAUACACAGGCACAUGAAAAACAGUAUUAUAUGUGGGGUAUUUUAUCUAGCAAUGUUCUUUAUUUAUAUGUAUUGCUUGAUACAAAUAUUACUAGAAGGUGAUCCAAUACGAAGAAGUGAAGAGGAAGAAAUGCUAAGUUAAAUGUAACUUUGACUUUACAAACUAUUCAAUUAUCAGGGUCUGUAUUAUCAGUGUAUAACCUUAGAGAUACAGUCAAAUUCUCUAAAAAUGUUUCUUGUUUUAAGCUCCUAUUUGAUAAUUAAAAUCACUGCCAAAAAUUAGGAGAAAUUCUGAUUAUUAACAAUAGGCAACAAUAAACAAUUAAUUCUCAUAAUGAUCUGUGUAAUGAAGAGUGUAAUUUUAAGGAGUUUGUAAUAAUUUAUUAACUGAAUAAUCUGUGGUAAAAUUUUCUAGUCAAACUAAUCUUAUCAUGUAAAACAAAUUAGGUAUAUAAUUUUAUUUUUGAAAAGACUUGAAUAAUCAUCAUGUGACAUCCUCAAAUCUUCCAUAAAUCUGUAAAUAUCUCAUUUUUUAUAACAAGUGUAUGUCGUCAAAGAACGUUUGGAUGAUUAAAAUGAAUAUUAAUAAAUACAAUUGUGUUAUUUCAGAUCCAAAUAAAACUACAUAUAAUAUUUGUAAAAUUUAUUCUUUAUUGAAUAAAAGAUCAAUAACAUGUUCUGUGUUAUUUAUUGAAUUAAAAACCUAAGAUAAUAUAUUAAAAUUGCAUAUGUAUACGCACCUUUCGUAAAUCCUGUAAUCCUUUCCAGAAAUAAAGCACUGUCUUUCUUUUGCAAAUCUAUAAAUAAAUAAACAAAUAAUAAGCAAUAAUAUAAUUUAGAACUACAUAAUCACUUAAAUGACGUUAUAAAUCAACGAUAAAUAAUUUAAAAACCCAUUUUUUUUAAAUUAUAAUUUAAGAUCAAACAAUUAAAAUUAUAAAUAAAUUAAAAUGCUAAUAUAAAUAAACUGUGAAUGUAUACUUAUCUUACCAUAAGAUUUUUUGGUCCCUCCAAGGUGUAGAUCUAUUCAAAGGUUUACUAUUAGUUUAAGUGGGAAAAUACUUAUUUUAAAAAAAUGUAGUAAACAAAGAAACAUCGUUGUAACACAAAAAAUUUAAGUAAAGUUUACCUUAACAUAUAAACCUAAAAUAUACUUGCACACGAAGUAUAUUGGUGGAGUUUUAUUAUGUCUUGAAUGUAAGUCUUUGUUUAAUAUAAAUAACAAAGACUAAUUUAAGUAAA